GGUUGGUAUGUACAUAGACUUCUUGUAAAUGCUGUUGCAAUGUGGGCUUCGCCUCGUUAUGCUUGGUAUAUUUACAGACUUCUUGACGAACUUCAUAGACAAGAACGUGAAGAGCUAGAGAACAAGCUUGAAGCAAAAGACAAAAACAUACAGAAAAGAAUACCACGUUCGGUACCAAAAGGAAAGGAAAAGAACUAUAAGUAUAUGAUUUACACUGAAGAGAUGGAAAAUGAAGAAGACAGAGAUAUGGUUAUGUUGCAUUUAGUCAGAAGAAACAACAAAAGCUUUUACGACUUAGCUAAGAUUUACAAAUCUGACAGAAAUUGGUUCUAUCGCGAAAACUUACCGAUUUCAAUGACACCGAAUGAAGAUGUUAAACAGAUAGUUCAAGAUACGUUACCUCAAACACACUAUGAUAUGAAAGGUUGUACAAUUCUUACAUUCAAAGAAGAUUUGCCGCUACUGAAGGAAAAGAUAACAGAGUAUUUUGACAACUUCAAACAAGCAGAGUAA